UUACAAGAUAAAAGACGUUAUUCAUUUUCUCCAUACUUGCUAGACCAUGUAUGUGCUUGCUGUCUUGACAUCCGUCUUUUUCUAUUUGGGAGUCAGUAUUACUCUUGCUAACACAGAGCAGUAUGUUAUUCUUAAACAGCAUGUUUUGCUAGGCUGGAGUCAAGAGCUAAAGAUGGUUAAUCGCAUUCAGUGUCUGUUGGCUUGCUCAAGAAAAACUUACUGUUUUUCUGUGAAUUACAACCAUCACGAUAAUAUCUGUCAAAUAAACAAGAAAAUACGAGAGGACGCAAAUGUUGGCGAUUUCUUAGCAAACUCUUCAAACGAUUAUAUGGAAAAGGUGAUCGAUCGUGAUAAUUACAAACAUGGCGUGUAUUUUAUAUCAGGCGAGAAUGAUUAUGAAUCUGCAAUCGAAUCAUGCAAUAAUCAUUUAGGAUCCAUUGCUUCUUACGAGCAGUUAUACAACGCUUUUCAACCAAAUCUAAACAACUGCAGAGAGGGUUGGCUUAUCAGUGGCGAGAUUGCAUUCACAGAAAUAACAGAUGCUUGCACAUUAAAACCACCAGAACAGCGUGGCAAUGUGUUUCCUUGCAAAACAUAUCUGAGUGGGGUUUAUUGUUACAGAGAAUAUAAAGAAUCAGUAGAUAAAUUCGACUAUUUACCAAAAACCCAACGGAUCAUUCGACUGACAGAUAGUAACUCGAAGAAGUUGAUUGCAGAAGAUGGUGAGAUAUGUUGCCGUACUGAAUUCAAUGGUUUGCUUGCAACACCUCUUCACGUUUACAAUAACACAUUGUCACUAGGAGUUAAUCUUUGCGAAACAGGGUGGCUUUCAAGCUGGUUGGCAGGUAAUCCAUGUAAGGGACAUACGCCACCUGACUUCUGGCUUUAUCCAGCAGGUAAUCAUAUUCGUCUACGGAGUCUCAACGAAGAAUUUAACGCAUUUUGUUUUGUCCCACUCUCAAAAGAGAACCUAAAUUACACUGAUCCAUUCCCCAAUCAUCGUGUUGUGAGUGGACGUGGAGAAAGUCGUUACUCUUUGAAUUACUAUAAUGCCGGUGCUUUGUGCACAAACCGCGGCGGUAGAAUGGCAACGAGAGCAGAAUUACAGCACGCCUUGGAUUCAGGAUAUGACUGUUGCCAGGCUGGUUGGGUCAAAAGUGGGGAGGUUAUUUACCCUGUAAUAAUACGUAGAAAUGGAUGUGGCAAUAAAAAUGAAAUAAUCGUUAGCUGGGGUUUAAAAAAUAAGACAACAUAUUCAGGAGACGUUUAUUGUUAUAUGCCAUAACGUAAAAUGCAAAAAAGGGUCAUAAUGUUCGCAGAAAGAAAUCAUUAUAAUUUAAUGAUUAUAAAGCCGGGCUUCAGUUAAUUCGUAGGUAUUUGGAGUAUCUGGCAGUAGCUAGAACCUAGAUCAAAUGAUCUUCUUCAUGCUUUUGUAACAUCAAGGCUAGAUUGUUGUAACUUAUUGCGAUAUCGUUUGCCAGCUAAGGAUAUCUUUCAAAACUUCAGCGAGUUCGGACUGCAGCUACCCGCUUGGUCUCUUUAAGCCCGAUCAUCACGCCUGUGUAAGGCACCUCAUCGGCUUCCUGUAACACACAGUGGCCGACCGUAAGGGUAAAUUGCAGGGUAUGCUAAGUAUUGCCAUUGGAUGUGACCUCGGCUAUGCCUAUUACUAUAUUAUUUAAAAUAUACAAUUUUAAUAGAAAAGAUUAA